AUGGAGAUUAUGGAUAGCGGCGGCUCUGGCGGCGCGGGUUCCGCCGACCCCGGUCCGGGCCCCGGCCCCGGCGCGGGCGCGGGCGCGGGCCCAGCAGCCGGAGCGGGCGCCGAGGAGGCCGGCGCUGGCGGCGACGCGGCGGUGCGGCGCGCCAUUCUGCACGCAGCGCUGCCCUUCGUGCAGCAGCACGGGUGGUCGCGCGACGCGCUGAGCCGCGGCGCCGAGGCCGCGGGCUUCCCGGGCGUGGCGCACGGCCUGUUCCCGGGCGGCGGCGCCGACCUCGUGCGCUUCUUCUACACGGCGUGCAACGAGCGCCUGGCCGAGCAGCUGCGCGCGCGCGCGCCGCCGCCGGCCGACCGCCGCGCGCUCUUCGUGCAGGAGGCCGUGGAGGCGCGCCUGCGCAUGCUGCUGCCCUACCUGGACCGGUGGCCCCAGGCGCUGGCCAUCAUGACGCUGCCGCCCAACAUCCCGCCCGCGCUCGCCAACCUGCUCACGCUGGUGGACGACAUCUGCUACUACGCCGGGGACCGAUCCGUCGAUUUUAGCUGGUACACACAUCGAGUGACUGUAGCAGGAAUAUACAAAGCCACAGAACUUUACCUUAUCCAAGAUAAGUCUGAUGAUUAUCAAGCCACAUGGAAUUUUCUUGCCAGGUGCAUUGAAGAUACUGCUGCAAUGCAAAGAUAUCUACAACAAUCCAAAGGAACUACACAAAUGGCCCAAGAGACUAUUACAGCUGCUUUUGUAACGGCUCGAAACAUCCUAGGUCUCAAUUCUGGGAACAGAUAGUAGAAGGCCCCUCAAGUAGUAUCAGAUGUUUCAAGUCUGUGAUUAUGCACCAAGCGUGUGUAUAGAUGUUUAUGAGCUCUAGAUCUGUGCAAACAUCUGGAGUUCAUGUUAUUUAUGAAACAAUACCAUAAGAUACCAAAAAACAAGAAUCCUUAUUAUACAUUUAUUGUUACAAAAUUUAAUAAAGUAUUUUUUUCUUCAUUGCGAAUUUUUCUUACGAUGAUGAUAAUGAAAA